AUGCGAUUUCUGUGUCUCUGUGGAGCAUAUGGAAGCUCGGACAAGUUUGAGGUCCAGCUCGCUCCUCUAGUCAAAGAACUACGGUCAGAUAACACUGCCGAAUUUAAGUUUAUUCACGGCCCUGUUGAGGUGUUCCCUCCGAAAACAUUCGAGACCUACUUUGGCCGUGGUCCGUAUUAUCGAUUCAUCAAGCCAGUUGAUGCCAAGGAUGGCACCAGCGACGUCCUUGAUCGGAUUCGAAACUUUCCAAAGGGUGCAACUGCAGAAGAUCAGAUGCGGGCAUUGAUGGGGCCUACGAUUGGAACCCCUAUGCCCAACCUCGAUAACCCUAUCUACCAUAGCUCGCAAGAGGGGAUUGCUUAUCUCUACGAUAUUAUGGAAAGAGAUGGACCCUUUGAUGGGAUUAUCGGUUACUCGGAGGGCGCAACCGUCGCGGCGACUCUUUUACUACAUGAACAACGGAGAUUUGAGGUAGAGGGCAGAGUGCCGAUGUUCAAAUGUGCUGUAUUCUUUGCUGGGUGGCCGCCUAUGAAUCCGGAUUUAAAUGCGGUCGUUUUGGCAGACGAGUCGGACUUGCAAAUAACCAUUCCGACCUGCCAUGUAAUUGGAUCUUUGGACCCGUACCUAGGAGGCUCUAUGUCGCUUUAUAACCUCUGUGACUUGGACACUGCAUUUCUCUUCGAUCAUGCCAAAGGCCACACCUUGCCAAGAGAUCGCGAGACUGUGAAAGAACUAGGGGACACCAUCCGGAUGAUGUGCUCAAGUAUUCUAUCCGAUUGA